ACCGUUGUGUUUUUCUUGCUUUGAAUCACUUUGGAUCUCUACAGAUUCCCUCUUUCAUUUUUAAGGACUCUUGUGAUUUUGUUAGAUCCAAUUGGGUAAUCCUGGAUAAUCUGUAUUUUAAGAUGACCUGGUAAUCCUAACUCCCCUUUGCCACGUAACUUUGCAUAUUCACAGGCUUUGGGUUCUUGUGUCUUCCAGAGACUUUGGUUCUUGAGAAAUUGAGACCCGGCAGAGCUCCUCCUAUUUUGGGAAGCUGGCAAAGUCCCUAAUCUAGACUAAUUUAAGUUCCUGAAGUCACUCUUGGGCAAUUUUGGUCUUUGUGCUUUGAUGAUAGUAAAAUGGAGAAAGAUAAUACAGAAAUUAUUGAUAAAGUAUGUUAAAUGGACAGGUGCUGUGGACAAGAAGAUAGAAUAAAAGGGUAAAGAGGAGGCUAAUUACAGAAUUAAAUGGGGUGGUAAGGGUAUACCUCAUUGGGGAAAGGAGAUUUGAGGAGACAUCAAAGAGGUGAGGUAUGUAGCCAGGAGGACAGCUGGCGGGAAGUAGAUGCCAGGCAGACCCGCUAGGAAGAGCAAAGAAAGGCUGGAGGGCAGGAAGAUACAAGGACAAACAAUGACACUAGUGUAGGAGCCGGAGGCAGUAGUUAGAGGGGUGGGGAUGGAGGUAGACCUUGUAGAGCCUUGCUGGCCACCACAAAGUCUUUAGGUUUUACCGUAACUGUUCUUAGUCAAAGGAGUGCUAUGCUGUAACUUCAGUUUUCAAAAGGAUUGCGCUGGCUGUUGUAUUGACUGGGAAUGGAUCCUAGUGGGGACAACGGCACAGCAACAGGGAAACCUGUUAGCUGGGACUGUGGCAGCAUCCCAGGACUGAGCUUUUGAAAUACUCCAACCAUGACUAAAAGAGAAGCAGAGGAGCUGAUAGAAAUUGAGAUUGAUGGGACAGAGAAACCAGAGUGCACAGAAGAAAGUAUUGUUGAACAAACCUACACCCCAGCUGAAUGUGUAAGCCAGGCUAUAGACAUCAAUGAGCCAAUAGGCAAUUUAAAGAAACUGCUAGAACCAAGACUACAGUGUUCUUUGGAUGCUCAUGAAAUUUGCCUGCAAGAUAUCCAGCUGGAUCCAGAACGAAGUUUAUUUGACCAAGGAGUAAAGACAGAUGGAACUGUACAACUUAGUGUACAGGUAAUUUCUUACCAAGGAAUUGAGCCUAAGCUAAACAUCCUUGAAAUUGUAAAGCCUGCGGAAACAGUUGAAGUUGUCAUCGAUCCGGAUGCCCACCAUGCUGAAGCUGAAGCACAUCUUGUUGAGGAAGCUCAAGUAAUAACUCUCGAUGGCACAAAGCACAUUACAACUAUUUCAGAUGAAACCUCAGAACAAGUGACAAGAUGGGCUGCCGCUCUGGAAGGUUAUAGGAAAGAGCAGGAACGUCUUGGGAUACCUUAUGAUCCUAUACAGUGGUCCACGGACCAAGUCCUGCAUUGGGUGGUUUGGGUAAUGAAGGAAUUCAGCAUGACUGAUAUAGACUUGACCACGCUCAACAUUUCCGGAAGAGAAUUAUGCAGUCUCAACCAAGAAGACUUUUUUCAGCGAGUCCCUCGGGGAGAAAUUCUGUGGAGUCAUCUGGAACUUCUCCGAAAAUAUGUGUUGGCAAGCCAAGAACAACAGAUGAAUGAGAUAGUUACAAUUGAUCAACCUGUGCAGAUUAUCCCAGCAUCAGUGCAGUCUGCUACCCCAACCACCAUUAAAGUCAUAAACAGCAGUGCAAAGGCAGCGAAAGUACAAAGAGCUCCAAGGAUUUCAGGAGAAGAUAGAAGUUCACCUGGGAACAGAACGGGAAACAAUGGCCAAAUCCAACUGUGGCAGUUUUUGCUAGAACUUCUUACUGACAAGGAUGCUCGAGACUGCAUUUCUUGGGUUGGUGAUGAAGGCGAGUUUAAGCUAAAUCAGCCUGAACUAGUUGCGCAAAAAUGGGGACAACGUAAAAAUAAGCCUACAAUGAACUAUGAGAAACUCAGUCGUGCUUUAAGGUAUUAUUAUGACGGGGACAUGAUUUGUAAAGUUCAAGGCAAGAGAUUUGUGUACAAGUUUGUCUGUGACUUGAAGACUCUUAUUGGAUACAGUGCAGCAGAGUUGAACCGUUUGGUCACAGAAUGUGAACAGAAGAAACUUGCAAAGAUGCAGCUUCAUGGGAUUGCCCAGCCAGUCACAGCAGUAGCCCUGGCUACUGCUUCUCUGCAGACGGAAAAGGAUAAUUGAGCCCAGGACCUUCUGGGAGUCCGAGGUCUUUCUUAAAUAAUUAGAGCAAGUAUUGCUCUUACCUUUAUUACUGAAUUUGAAUCUUUUAUUUCUAGACUGUACAAUCUGAUGCAUGAUUUUUUUAUAAAUAUUUCAUACUCUUGUGAAUUUGGAUCUUUUUACUUUGAGCAUAUAUUUUAGAAUAUGUGUAUGUUAAGGAUCACCACAAUGUCUUCAGCACGAAGUCAGGUUCAUUGUGGGAUAGUUUGUUAACAGUCAGGAAAGCUAAACUGGUCAGUAUUAAUGUCUAGCCCUACCAAAAAUAGCCAGUAGCAUCUGAGGAUGAAAAAUAAAUGAAGUAUCUCCAGGAAACAGUCUGGCAUAACUAUUUUUGAAAAUAUAACUGUUUCCCCCUCUCUGCUGCUUUAGAUGUUGCUUUACAUAGAACCAGAAAAUGGAAUUUUUUACAGCUAAAGCAUGUGUGCCUGUUUCAUCUAAUCAAGCAGAGCUAAAAUAUUCAUAUCAAAUAAAAUUAUAAUAUUAAUUAAUUACUAAACAGAGUAUCAGGUUAUUAAAAUAAUUUAUAUAUUUGCAAGCAGAGGACAAUAAGAAGUCAACUGGCAAAAGAGCAUUGCUGCAGAAGGAGAUCCAGGUUGAAAUUUGGCUUACCUCAAGCUAAUUUUAAGGAUUUUCUGUAUAGAUUAUUCAUAAUGUCAGGCCACGAAUUUAAAUUAUUUUAAGAGAGGCAUUUAAUUCUAAUAAACCAACUAUUAGAAAAAUUCUGAAAUGAUCUCUGUUUUUCCUGUCAGAGAUUUAAAAAACUGAAAAGGUAUACCUCAGCCAGAAAAUAAAAGUUUGGUUUAGUUUG